AUGCUGACGCAGGAGAUCGAGAAGCCAUGGAUCAAAGAGAAGGACAUCUAUGCACGCCUAUCGUGGUGGCUCACGUGGACAAUUGCAUUUCUCGGCGUCGCGGGUGGCGCAGUGCGGUGCUACUUUUCGUGGAAGGACGUGCCGCGCGUCGGUAACCUUUGCCUCGUCAUGGAGGACGACUUUGCCACCUUCGACCUCGAGAACACCUGGACGCGCGAGGUCGACAUGGGCGGCUUCGGCAACGGCGAAUUUGAAAUGACGACCGACUCGAGCAACAAUUCAUUCGUCAAAGAUGGGAAGCUGUACAUCGUGCCCACACUGACAGCCGAUGUCAUCGGGUACGAUAACGUCCUGAAUGGGUACACCUACAACAUCUCUGGCUGUACGAGCACCAACCUCACAUCGUGCGGGGCGGUGUCCAAUUCGACGACAGGGUCUGUCAUCAACCCGGCAAUGAGUGCACGGAUUUCGACGCGCAACAGCCACAGCAUCAAGUACGGCAAGGUCGAGAUUGUCGCGAAGAUGCCUGUCGGCGACUGGCUGUGGCCCGCGUUGUGGAUGCUUCCGGUGAAUGAGACAUACGGGCCCUGGCCUGCAUCGGGGGAGAUCGAUAUCGUAGAGUCACGCGGCAACAGCAUCAAUUACGCUGCCCAGGGCAGGAACGUCGUACGCGCAUCGCUCAACUGGGGGCCGUUAAGCUUCUUGAACGGCGUUGCGAAGACGUACGGCUGGUGGUCUGAUCGACGAUCGACGUACGCAGACGGGUUCCACACGUACGCGGUCGAGUGGACGCCCACAUUCAUCCGGAUGUACGUCGACACGCGGCUCGACCGGAUGCUUCAGGUAUCGUUCAACGAGCCGUUCUUCAAGCGCGGCGACUUCCCCGCGACGGUCCUCAACGGGACGCAGUACAUCGUGACACCGGACCCGUGGGUGAACGGCACGCGCAACGUUGCGCCGUUUGACCAAGACUUCUAUCUUAUCAUGGACGUCGCGGUCGGCGGCACGAACGGGUGGUUCCCAGACGGUGUCGGGAACAAGCCGUGGCUGGACACGUCAACCUUGGCGAUGUCCAACUUCGCGAAGGCGCAGUCGACGUGGUCCGCGACGUGGCCGGAAGACAUCGAUCAGCGUGCGAUGAUCAUUGACUCGGUGAAAAUGUGGCAAUCGUGCUAAACGCCUCGCGCGGUUGCCCAAGUGUGUUCCAGGACACACCGCUCACCCGCAUGGCUCUCUUUUUGCAUACAGACACAUCCUAUCAUUCUCAUUUAUCGAAUGCUCCGUCUCCUGAUCA